AUGACAGUGCACUUUGUGUGCGGCUGUGAUAGUAGUUAUUCUGCUCUAAACUCCAGUGAUAGUAGUUAUUCUGCUCUAAACUCCAGUGAUAGUUCUUCUCUAAACUCCAGUGAUAGUAGUUAUUCUGCUCUAAACUCCAGUGAUAGUAGUUAUUCUGCUCUAAACUCCAGUGAUAGUUAUUCUUCUCUAAACUCCAGUGAUAGUUCUUCUUCUCUAAACUCCAGUGAUAGGAGUUCUUCUUCUCUAAACUCCAGUGAUAGUAGUUAUUUAUUUCUAAACUCCAGUGAUAGUAGUUCUUCUUCUCUAAACUCCAGUGAUAGUAGUUAUUCUGCUCUAAACUCCAGUGAUAGUAGUUCUUCUUCUCUAAACUCCAGUGAUAGUUAUUCUUCUCUAAACUCCAGUGAUAGGAGUUAUUCUUCUCUAAACUCCAGUGAUAGUAGUUAUUAUGCUCUAAACUCCAGUUAUAGUAGUUAUUCUUCUCUAAACUCCAGUGAUAGUAGUUAUUAUUCUCUAAACUCCAGUGAUAGUAGUUCUUCUUCUCUAAACUCCAGUGAUAGUUCUUCUUCUCUAAACUCCAGUGAUAGUAGUUCUUCUUCUCUAAACUCCAGUGAUAGUAGUUAUUCUGCUCUAAACUCCAGUGAUAGUAGUUCUUCUUCUCUAAACUCCAGUGAUAGUUAUUCUUCUCUAAACUCCAGUGAUAGGAGUUCUUCUUCUCUAAACUCCAGUGAUAGUAGUUAUUCUGCUCUAAACUCCAGUGAUAGUAGUUAUUCUUCUCUAAACUCCAGUGAUAGUAGUUCUUCUUCUCUAAUCGCCAGUGAUAGUAGUUAUUCUGCUCUAAACUCCAGUGAUAGUAGUUAUUCUGCUCUAAACUCCAGUGAUAGUUAUUCUUCUCUAAACUCCAGUGAUAGUUCUUCUUCUCUAAACUCCAGUGAUAGGAGUUCUUCUUCUCUAAACUCCAGUGAUAGUAGUUAUUUAUUUCUAAACUCCAGUGAUAGUAGUUCUUCUUCUCUAAACUCCAGUGAUAGUAGUUAUUCUGCUCUAAACUCCAGUGAUAGUAGUUCUUCUUCUCUAAACUCCAGUGAUAGUUAUUCUUCUCUAAACUCCAGUGAUAGGAGUUAUUCUUCUCUAAACUCCAGUGAUAGUAGUUAUUAUGCUCUAAACUCCAGUUAUAGUAGUUAUUCUUCUCUAAACUCCAGUGAUAGUAGUUAUUAUUCUCUAAACUCCAGUGAUAGUAGUUCUUCUUCUCUAAACUCCAGUGAUAGUUCUUCUUCUCUAAACUCCAGUGAUAGUAGUUCUUCUUCUCUAAACUCCAGUGAUAGUAGUUAUUCUGCUCUAAACUCCAGUGAUAGUAGUUCUUCUUCUCUAAACUCCAGUGAUAGUUAUUAUUCUCUAAACUCCAGUGAUAGGAGUUAUUCUUCUCUAAACUCCAGUGAUAGUAGUUAUUCUGCUCUAAACUCCAGUGAUAGUAGUUAUUCUUCUCUAAACUCCAGUGAUAGUAGUUCUUCUUCUCUAAUCGCCAGUGAUAGUAGUUAUUAUUCUCUAAACUCCAGUGAUAGUAGUUCUUCUUCUCUAAUCUCCAGUGAUAGUAGUUAUUAUUCUCUAAACUCCAGUGAUAGUAGUUCUUCUUCUCUAAACUUCAGUGAUAGUAGUUAUUCUUCUCUAAACUCCAGUGAUAGUAGUUCUUCUUCUCUAAUCUCCAGUGAUAGUAGUUCUUCUUCUCUAAACUCCAGUGAUAGUAGUUCUUCUUCUCUAAACUUCAGUGAUAGUAGUUAUUCUUCUCUAAACGCCAGUGUGCUUCUAAUUCCUUCGUCCCUGCGACCAGUAGCCAUGGCAACAGCUAGAUGGAGGAAAGAGUGCCCAUGAUAAGGGAUGAGAGAAGGGGAUGAAGGGGUGGACAGAUCGUUUGGAGAAGACUGACCCUUCUGCCGAGGACCUGUCUCAUCUGGUAAAUUAAUGCCGAAUGCAGUUGGAGUAUAGAGCUGGACAGUUUGUGUCCCCAAACUCCCUCGGGGGGCAAUUUAACACAUAUCAUGAGACAAGAUUGUUAACUACACAGUGUUUCAAGUUCGUUAACUAUACAGACACUUCUGAGGCAAUUAACACAAGUCUCUCUCGGUGCGUCUUUCUCACUUUACUAAUUGAGAGUGAAGUUGCCACUACUUUGUUUUUCGCUCACGCACUAUUAGAAACACUCUUUGCAAGCCAACCUACUUUACAUGAUACGACUCACUCCUCUUGGUAUAAUUGCAGUUCAUAAACAGUAACAACAACAAAAUAGUGAGGGAAAUGUGGGUAUACCAAAAACUUUUAAACUCAAAAUCAAAACUACCUUGGCUUAGAAGCCUCUGGAAUUCUUAUAGCUCCUCACUUCUUUAUUUUAGUAUUCACACUGCCAAAGAAGCUGCCUGUAUCCUUCAGUAUUUAGUCAGGCCUAAAGGCUGCCUCAGAGGCAGCUUGACAGAUGUGGGGCGUGAUUGGACAAACAACAUUUGUUUUCGCAGCAGUGGAUCGGGCUGAGUGUGCCUAACUAGGCAAAAUGGCUAAUUGAGCUCCAGCUGUAUGUAACGAGAUGUGAGUACUUCCCCAAAACACUACGAGCUCCGAGACUCAUCCUCUAUUCUUCUAUUCCUCUUGUUAGCACCGUGAGAGAUUUGUACGAAUAAUGAGUGCUGGGGAAUAGACUGGAGUACAGUAGGGAGGGAUACUGUACUUUGGGGUUUGCUAUUCGCUUGAACAACUCAGUGCUGCAAGUAUAUUUUGCUACUCUGCGAGUUUCUGCCCUGAAAACUCCCAUUUGAAUAAAAUAUUUGUUAUAGAAAUGAAGAAGGGAUUAUUUUAAAACAUGGCUAUAUUAAAGGUCCAAUGCAACCAUUUUUUAAAUCUCAAUAGGAAUUCAUUUCUGGAUAACAAUACAGUACGGUACUGUGCUUGUUUUCAAUAAAAAUUGUCAAAAAGAAAC